AUGGACUCCAGUACCGACGUCACGCCAUGCCAUCGUCACGCCGACGUGACCAUUCAGAAGUCUCCUCCUCCUGCUCGUGCUCCUGCUGCUGCCGCCAGGCCACGUGGGAUUGACUACAGCAAGUGGGGCCACAUGGACUGUAGCAGUGAUGACGAAGAGGGUGUACCAACGUGGAAGAGAGACGGAGGAGGGAGUGGUGGAGCAAGAAGAAACUCCAAUUAUCCUGUAGGAGCAAUUAAGGCGAGCGACGGCUGCAGGGCUGCUUUCGAGUUCUCCUCGAGCGCUUUGGCGUUUGGGGAGGAGCAGCAGAGGGAGCGGCCUGAGGUGCAGUUCUGUUGCAAGUGUGAGCUGGUGCCCUUGCCGUGUGUGGAAGCCAUGGUCACACACUGGCUGGCUGAGCCUCGUGUGGGCGUGCUCAUGGACCUGGGGAGGAUCAGAUCAGAUCCCGCCUGCCGGCCAUCCUGGCUGCUGCAGACGCCAGUACAGAUGCCCAAGCGCGCAGGGAUGCUGCAUGUGCUGUCAGGCGGGCUGGAGAAGGCGCAUGCAGAGGAAAAGGGGAGAGGGGGAGGUGUUGGUGCAGUGGGGAGACGGGGUGCUGCUGAUUACGUGGAGGAGAAGGAUGAGCAACGGAGGGAGCAUCUGAAGGGGGGUGAGUGGGAGAGGUACGUGGAUGGCAUGGCUUGGAUUUUGGAGCAUGGAGGGGGGGAAGGGAGGGAGUUCCGGCCAAAUUACUGCAAGGUAGCACCAAUGUUUCUCCAGGAGGGUAACAACCCGAGCAAGAUAGGGGUGGAGGGUGCAGCCAUUGAGGAGGAUGCAGCCAUUGAGGAGUCUCGAAAGAGAGCGGGACGUGUGGGGUUGACCGGCAGGGUGAGUGAGGGAGAUGGAGGAACAGGAGCAGGAGAGGAAGAAGCUGUGUUAGCUACAGCAGCCGCAUGGCCAGCAGAGAUUGUGUUAGCUCCUUAUGCGGCUACUGCCAGACAUUGUUCGCUUGACAGCAGUGUUGCUUGCUUCUCUCACUGCUGCUUCUCGCACCGCUGCCUCUGA